AAGUUUCUUUUGUUGCUUUUUUUUUUUUUUUUUUUUCUGAGAAAAUAUCAUUAAACGUGUUUUUAAGGACAGAAGAAAUCAGUGGAAAUUAACCUUCAGCAGUCUCACCUAUUGUGGAAAUCCACCCCCUCAACCUCCUGUGGUAGUUUCAGGUUAUUAGAACCUAAAUGUUACAUUCAGCUAUUUCAUAUACCACUGUUUCCAUGUUCCUCCCACACGUCAAGUAAAAAGGUUAACUCUUGCCAGUUAUGUGUUUUUGCUUCCAUGACAGAUACCGUGAGUAGCCUGUCAAGCGGAAAGAAGAAAAUAUUUCUUGAAAAUUUCUAAGUGGUUGUUUCAUGAUAUUUUAACUCUUCUGAGAAUCUCAGUCCUUUUGUGAUAUAUGCAAAGACAACAUAGGUGGAUGAACUUUCACUGAAACAUAUAUUUAGAGUUAUAUUUUGUGCUGUUGACCAGGUUAUCCCACUACGGUCCGCAAGUUAAUGUGAGUACAUCCUUCAGAUUUUUUUUUUUUUUCUUCCCCCUGUAUUCUUGAAUGACUUCUAAAAUCGAGAAAAAGAUAAUGCUCUUUAUUUUUUGCUAAGCUAAUGCAUGGGCUUAACAACUCUUCUUGCACUACACACUAGCAAGGCAAGGGGCCUUCAUUAUGCUCAUAUCUUGGGGAGAGAAUAUCUGUUCUUACUGGAGGAGGGUAGGCAGUGCUCUUCCCAUUACUCUUAUGACCUUUGCAGACAAAAGUAAGUUGUGUAGAAAUUUCUAGUCAUUGUUAGCAGCUGUUCGGCACUGCUUGAGAUUAAUACUGUAGGGAUGCUAAGUUUAUGUGGAUGGAUGACUUCUUGCUACCGGUGUUCCAAGGACUGUUGCUCACAUAUGGCUUUGAUCAGAUGACAUGUUUCUUAAAAUGCCUGUGUCAUUUUAUGUACUAAUUUUCCCAACAUUUUUGUCUCUGGUUACAGUGAACCACUGUUAGCAAUAGAGAAUUUUCCCUAGUGGGGAAUUUUCCAGUAAUGGGGAAGUGUCCUCAAGAGUUACAUCAACAUUUAAGUUCUGUCACAAGAAGUCUUUGGGCAAAUAGUUCUGUUUUUCCUGUCAUCUUCAUUUGAUUGUGAGGGAAACAUACAGCAACAAUAAUGAAGAGCACUUUACACAGUGAAUAUUGUUUUGCUUUUAUAAAAAGGUGUUUGCCAUAGAUGUCAGAAGCCAGUAGGAGAAGAGAAGGGGCACUGUGGUAGGUUCUGUAAGAAAAGUAAUGAGAAGAUUGCAGCUUUGGUAAAGAUCUUUGAUUGGCAUCUAGGUCUCAAGCUACUUCAACCGAUCCAGCCAGGGGAUCCUUCUGCUCAAGGUGAAACAGGAGAAAGGUUCUGUCUACAUCAUGGAAAAGCCUUUUCUUCUGUAUGUAUUUUUAUUCUACUGGCAUUUCAUAAAUGCUUUAUUCACAGUUGAAGCUCCCCAGUCACUCUACACUGUGGAACAUGGGAACAAUGUGACCAUGGAAUGCACAUUUCCAGUGAAUGGGAAAUUAAAGUUCAGAGAUCUAAGUGUCAGCUGGGAAAAGAAAGAUGAGUUAAAGAAGCAGGUUUAUGUACUUCUUAAAGGAGAGGAAGAUUUCAAAAGUCAGCACAGUGACUUCAGGGGAAGAAUAAAACUGUUGAAAGAGAAUCUGAACUUGGGACGAUCUCUGCUUCACAUCACUGAUGUGAAGCUCAGAGAUGCAGGGUUUUACCGCUGUCUUAUUGGCUACGGGGGAGCUGACUACAAGACAAUCAAUCUGAAAGUUAAAGCUCCUUAUAGAACUAUAACCCAUGGAGUGGUGAGCACAGGAGACGGUGAAUGGAAGUUGACAUGUCAGUCAGAAGGAUACCCACAAGCUGAAGUGAUAUGGCAAAACAGACAAUAUGAAGAUUUGACUGAUAAGGCAAACACAAGUUAUGAAACUGGAAGUGACCAGCUGUAUCGUGUGACAAGUACUCUUACAAUCAAAAGUAGAAUUGAUGAAACUUUUUACUGUAUAUUCUGGAAUAAAGAGCUGCAAGAAAAUACAUCUGCCACUUUACACAUAGCGGAUUCAGCUGGUGAUGUUCUGUGGACUGAGAGCAGACGCUUUGUUGGAGCAAUUCUCAUUGUGACUGCUUUGUUUGGAUCAGUGCUUCUAUUUAUGCUCUGCGUAAGAAAAGCUAGAGCAAAUAAGGACAACAGAACACUUGUGAUUAGUUCAUCAAUAGCAAAGCUAUCAAAAGAUAAGGAUACACAUGACUGCAGAGAUGCUUCUUUGGAAGAUAAAGAGUUGAAAUAUAUGCAAAUUGAGAAGACCUAAAGAAAGCAGGGGAAGCUUUUUUCUUCUGUGGUGAAGGUUUGACAGCUCAGACAUUCUGUGUUCUGUCUAUUAAAGGGGAUAUUAAUUUUUUGUUCUUAUCUGGCAUGGCAGCCUUCUUCUAUAUUAUUGUAACUCUGUAAAAACUGCAAUGAAUUUAACAGAUUUAUUAUCGCAUAAACAGUCCUUGGAUUCAGGCUUCUGUAUAUGUGACUAGGUACAGAGGUAUUUAUUUAAAUAUCCAAGUUUCUGCUUUCUCAAGUUUAUGCACUUUCCAAGACAAAAUAUCUUUAAGGUAAAGCACUUUAGGUCUAUGACCAUCAUGAAUUUCAUAGCUAGUUCUUGAAUAGGCCAUCUUCGGGGUUUGUUUGUUUGUGUUUUUGUUUUGGUUUUUUUUUGUUUGUUUGUUUUGUUUUGUUUUGUUGUUUUUUUGUUGUUGUUUUUGUUUUGUUUUGUUUUUUUUUCCCUUCCUUUCUUUUUUCUGUCCUCCUCAGUUGAGCUCUCUGUUUCCUGCAAAGCUUUUGUUUUCCAGCUUUUGAAGAAUUUUUUUAUACUUUGAUCCUCAUAAGAGUGUAACAAGACAAUAUGCCAUACAGGCAAGGCAUUUUCUGUAGAUCUUAAAAAAACAGAUACUCACAGCUAAGCCUGAAAUAAACGUAACCAUCUUGGCAACCGUAGUUUGGAAAUUAUUAGAUAAUAUGGAGCUUCUUGAUCUCUUUCUCUGAAAAGUGUUUGUGGGAUUUAAUUUCCUUGUGAUAUAGUUGGCACUAGUUGGUUACUGCCCAUUACUGUUCUGAUGUACAAUUUGGGGAUAAUGCAACUCUUCAGACAUUCAGGAAGAACAGCUCUUGAUUUGCACUGCCUUUUUGUUCAUCUUGGGAAUAGAAGAAAGAGAACCUUCUCACUUCUAGGAUAUGAAAUACAUGCUCCUGUGACUACUUAAGAAAUGCUGAGGGAACAUGCUCCUGGAUCCCAUUUCUUAAGCUAUUGCUUUGUAACAUUUUGCUAGGUGCAUAGGUUUUUUGGGGGUUCUACACAGAUGAAAAUUAUUUAUUACAAUGCUAUUCACAAUUAUUUUUUUUUU